AGCUCGCGGUGCAGUGCGCGCAGCCCGUCAGCAGCCAGCAGCCAGCAGCCAGCAGCAGUAGCAGCAGCCCGCUGCCCGCCGCGCCCUCGCCGUCGCUGAGCGUCGCCGCCAGCCGCUGCCCGCCAUGAAGUUCCGCCGGUCGAUGAAGGGGGAGAAGGACGCACACCGCCCGCACCACAUCUCCAUCCCGGCCAAGGAUGCGAUAGCCAUCGUGCCGCCGAAGAAGGUCAUUAAAGCCCUCUAUGAUUACAGCGCGGCCGACCCGAACCAACUCAGCUUUUCGCAGGGCGACUUCCUGCACGUCGUCAACCGCGAGCACGACACCGACUGGUACGAAGCCUGCAACCCGCUGCACGGCUCGCGCGGCCUGGUCCCCGUCUCGUACUUCGAGGGCGUCGGCAAGACAGUGCGCGACAGCGCCGGCUCAGCACCUCGCCAAUCUGCGCAGACCCAGCCGCACGACUCUGGCUACCAGGAGCCCCUGAGAGGGAUAGGCAGCCCCAACCCGCUGGCCUCUGCAGGCAUGGCGCACUCGAUGGGCCACCAGAUGCGCAUGUCGCAGUCGGGCAAGACGGGCGCCAUGGUCUACGGCAUCGUCAUGUACGACUUCAAGGCGGAGCGGCCCGACGAGCUGGACGCAAAGGAGGGCGAGGCCAUCAUCGUUAUUGCACAGUCGAAUCCCGAGUGGUUCGUCGCGAAGCCCAUCACACGCCUCGGCGGCCCCGGCCUGAUUCCCGUGUCGUUCAUCGAGAUUCGCGACAUGACCACCGGCCAGGCAGUCCCCGAUGCGCAGCAUGCAGUCUCCGCAGCAGGCGUGCCCAAGGUCGAGGAGUGGAAGAAGAUGGCUGCAGACUACAAGAACGGCAGCAUACCGCUCGGCAAGCUGCAGGACAACACGCAGCAGUCGUUGCAAGCCGGCAUGGAGCGCAUGAGCUUGGGUGGACGAAGCCAGACCCAAGGCCGGAGUGGCUCGGUUUCGCACUCGCGCUCAGGCUCGGUUGCCAUGCAAGGCGGUCAAGGCCGCGCCGACCAGUUGCUUGCGCCUGUCAAGGCAUGCGUACCACGGUACUGCUUCGCCGAUGACAUCUUCUGGUUCAUCAUCGAGUGUCAGAUGGAGGACGGCAACCACUGGGAGCUCCAGCGCUUAUACCAAGACUUCUACGACCUCCAGAUACAGCUCAUUGCAACCUACCCGGUCGAAGCUGGCACUAGCGGCCAAGGAGAGCGCACAUUGCCGUUCAUGCCUGGACCUGUCACCUACGUUACCGAUAACAUCUCGAACGGUCGCCGCGCAAACCUCGACGAAUACAUAAAGAACCUGCUCAAGCUCGGCCCGCACAUCACACAUGGUCAGCUUGUAAAGGGAUUCUUCGCGCCAAGGCAGGGCGAUUAUGAGAUCGAUCCCGACGUGCAAGCUCAGGACGACUACAGACUGUCCCAGCAGUCUGGACAAUCUUCGAACCAUUCGCACGGAGGAUCCACGAGCAGACAGUCGUCUGCUGAUCAAUUGCAGGCUACCACCCCGGUAACCCCUUACUCUACUGGAUCAUACGGCGCUCACCAGCGUGGUCAGUCGUCAGCCUCGCAAGUGUACUCGUCAGCCCUCAAUCCCCCACCGAUGAAUCACCAGCACUCCUCAGCAUCGACCGCAGUAAACACUGGCACAUCCUCAGCACUCAAAAUUAAGGUCUGGUUCGAGGAGGACAACUGCGUUGUUAUCCGCAUGCCGAUUUCUCUUCGUUACGCCGACCUGUACAACAAGCUGAGGGAAAGAAGAAGACUCGAGAGGCCCAAUGAGCCCGAUGAAGAUUUGAAUGUCGAAUACAGAGACGAAAUGGAAGGGGCGUUCUUCCCCAUCGAAAACGACGAGGACCUGCAAAUUGCGGUCGAAAGAAACCCAAAGCUGACUUUAAGUGUCACAACGAGGAGGUGAUAGCUAUGAUGUCUCUUUGGACAACUAAUUGUUUCACUUCUUUGGUCACCGCUACUUUGGCGGUUAUCUUCUACUUCAUUACAUGUUUCACGAUCGAUACCUCUCUGCUUAGGGCGUUGAUUAUACAACACAGAAAGGCGUUUAGCGGAGUACUUGGGGGGUUUGCGGCUGCAUGAUUCCCACUUGUUGGUUUUGGGUUUUUGCAUUAUCCUUAGCUUGGGUUGUUGAGUGCAUACGCUGGUUGGUCCACGUUAUUAUGAGGACACGGACUGGUAGGCUGGAUGGUUGGCUGGGCGGUUGGCUGGAUGGUGGGUUUAGGUAGAAUGGUGCUCGGCGUAAGCACAAGCGCAAGUGAGGAGAUGCAAAGCAAUUCGACAGAUGCGAUGAACG